AUGAUUAGUGAUUCUGAAGGUAAGGCGUCCUAUAAAUUCAAUUCUCUUGAAUGUUACGUGGCAGUUCCGCAGCUGGGGGAAAUAAAUAUUUGUGAAAUCAAGGCCAUCGAUCGAUACCAUAACAUGAUCAACAUUGAAGGACGGUUGAAAAAGAACAUAUCACAGAUUGAGGUUCAUGCGAAAUUGCUAAAACGUGAAAGCGGCGGAUGGCACCCCUUCUUUUACAACGUAAAGGUCGACGUGUGCAAGUUUUUAAAGAGUCCCCGAUCCCUUUUCAUACCCAAGUUGAUGUAUUCAUUCGUGAAGGCGUACACAAAUGUUAAUCACACCUGCCCAUAUUUGGAGGGAUCUGUGCUUCGAUUGUGGAACUGGACUCCGUCCGAAGAUGGUGUUAUUGCGAUAUUCCCUGUGGAUUACGGGCAAUAUGGCCUUCAUUCAAACGUCUAUAGCAACAAAGUCCUUGUGAUGCAAAUCAAUGGAUCUGUAUUGUUUUUUAAGUAA